UGGAUAACGGCAGGUCAAGACUUGAUCGAAUAAAAAAGAUGUCAGUGUGGGGAUGACCUCACCGGAAUAUGCCCUAAAGGCUCCCAACCGACGGGCGAUUUUUCCAAAACAGAGACCAAAAACCGGGCCGUUUCCCGAAAACUAUAAAUACUUCUCAUUCUCACCUUCCUUCCCUAUUUUUGCCCUAAAAUUUCCAAUUCUUUCCUCCUCACUCCCCAUAUCAGCCGCAGCUAUGGUUUCCUCCUCUCCCAAACACUCCCUUUCCUUCCGCUUCCCUCCCACUUCCUUCCUUCUCCUCCCCUUUCUGUUCCCUUAGCAACAUCUUUUUCUCCCCUUUGACUGAUAGUUCGACCGUGAUUCUCUCAGUUGAAACGCCGUCGUUUUGAGCGCCCUUUUUUUUUUUUUUAAUUAUUUUAAAGUUCUAUCCCUUUUCUUUGGUCGGGGAGGCGGGAGUGUUUGGAUGGAUGCAGUGGAGUUGAAUUAUCCGGUGGAUGUUCCGAAGCUUAUGGGAUCUGAAGGGUUUGGAAGAGAGGCUAGGGCUAGUGAAGAUUGUAAGCCGCUUCUUAAUUCUUCGAUUGACUGUUGUACCACGUCUCUUGGACAUAAAGAUGACACCAGUGCUGUUGAUGCUUUAGAUUCAGCUUCAUGGAGUAAGAUUCCUGAUUCUGAACUUUCUAGGCAUGCUAGUCAGCUGCCCAGCCAUCAUAUGGAAGAAUUGUUUGAACAGCAUGAUCACAGGGGCACCAGUUGUCACUUACAAAAUCCUAGUCCUGAUGUUGUUGACACACAAAGAAAAGCCGGAAAAAUGACAAGGAGUAGUAGUGGAUGUUCUAAGAGAGCGCGUCUUGCUCAGCUAGAGGACAUUAUGAGUUCAGCUGGAGUUGACGACGUGAAGGAUAUAAAUGAUAAGCUAGAGUCUACAAAAUGUAACAUUCCAGACAAAACUCAAAUGUCAAGACAAAAGAACAGCUUUAAUGUCAAACGAGGCGACAGGAGAAAUUUCAAAGUUCCUAUGAAGCCGAAAUUUGAUUCUUUCUCCAUGAAGGCGGGUUUGGGGAACUUCACGAUGGCCUCUGGAGGGAACAACUUCCUUGGUUUAUAUGGUCUGAAGGCAGAUAUUCAUGACGUCACUAAGCUUGUGGAGGAUUUAUCAUUAAAUGAACUCCUUGAUGGCACUUAUGAGUGCCCCAGUUUAGGAAAGGAGAAGGGGAGGAAAGCAGCUAACCCAACUGAAAAUUUUCUACAUUCAAUUAAAAAGGCAUGCUCCAUUCUUUCGCUUCAAAGGGUUCAGUCCCAAAAUUUUACAGAUAUAGACAAUUCAUCCCACAAGAAAAUGUCUAUGUACCCACCAAGCUCUGUUUCUGUAGUGGCAAGUGGUAUUAAUGGUGAUAAAGAAGACACCUGUUCUAUAGACCCCUCACCAUGCAACAAGGAUUCUUGUAGCAAGCCUGAUAUGCCUGCCAACCCUCCAGAUUUUCUGUUAUGUCAGCCCAAAGAUAUUCUGGGGCGCUUGGCAUUGCCUCCAUCUAAAGAUCUGGACUCUUUGCUUCUUGAUGCAACCAAGCCUUCUUCAUCCACAAGGAACAAUUCUGAUAUUCGUUCAAGCAAGCAAAUAUCCCGCCGAGCUAGCUUGCCACCAUUUCCCUGGUCACAUACUUUUAAUGGUUGUAGAACUAAUUCUGAUGUGGGUAAGCUUUUAUCAAAUAAGAGCACUUGCCAAGGACGAUGGGUAAAAAUACCGAACACUUUCAGUACGCCUGGGAUUGUAACUGGUUGUUUUACCAACUUGGAGUCACUUGCUUUUGAUCCAAGCCUAAUUCCUUCAGGUUCAAAGUUUGGUAGCUUGGAAGGUGGAAUUGCCUACACUGGUAAUCUUCGUUUCUGUGAGCAGGGUACAUCAUCUCUUGCAACUUAUAUGAAGGCUUUUAAUGUUCCUCAAGUUGGUCACUGUCCAAGACUAUUGGCUGCCGCUCAAACAUUGUGUGACAUUGCAUCUAAAUCCUUGAGGCAGAGCCCAGAUGGGAAUGCAAAGUGGCCAAAGAAGCCUUCACAAAAGGCCAUGAAAGCUCGCAAGACAAAAUCAAUUGACAAACCUGAGGAAAUCUAUGUGACACCUUCUUCAAUGUUGGGAUCUGACAAACUGGUGAGAAGUGAUAUGGACCAGAUAAUUCCCUCAAAAAGGUCUAAGCUCUCAGUGGUUGAGAAUAAGAAGGAUCUCAUUCGUAUCAAUGGUGUUAGACCAAUAGCUUGGUCUACUCCUAGAUCAAGUAGAUCAUCGCCUGGCAAAUCAUUAAGAGACUCAACUGUGGAAAUAAGACAUCCUACUGCCAAUGUGCUAAAGCCACCAUGUACUAUGCAUCCGCCAGCAACAGUUUCGGAUAAGCCUUGCAACAGUCAACAUAAGUUGCGUAAACUGAUGCCAGUGGACUGGAAGAGGGGGAGAGAUAGGCAUGAGUAAUUAAGUAUUUUUUUUUUCCAUGUAGAAGUUGCAUUCAACAAUUGUUGCAAUUUAUCAACCUCUAUGUGAGGUGGCCGUGUUCCCGGUUUAUUUGUAUAUAUUGUGUUGUAGGUGGAAUGGAAUAGUUCUAUGGUGAAGGGAGGAAAUGUUACAAUAGAAAAGCAGAGGAUUUUAGUGUUGUAACAUCAAGGAUAAUUGUAAAAUACAGCAGGGAAUUCUUUGCCUUGUGUAGAGCAAUUGAUGAGCCAAUAGAAAUUUCAGUCUCACUUUGGCUUUUGAGUCUCAUUGUCUUAAAACCAGGUUGCAGUACAAACCACUCCUGACAAGUACGAUUAGAAACUUUGUAGAAAAGGCAUAAUCCCACCAUUUGCAAAUGCUCAAUGAUAAAAGCAGCAUGAGAAUUUUUGGUUCAAUGGUAAGUGCUUGUAUCUUUUAUAUUCAAAGAUUGGGAUGGUCCUGUCUUUGCAAUAGUAAUAUAAAAUCUGCAGAGCCUUGUUUCAAUUCCUGGAAAAGUCUUCAUAUUUUCGGCUCUUAGAAAAGUCUGAAGCUCCCAA